GGGAGUAAUGCGCAAGAUCUGUCUGCCAGCAUUGAGUAGUGCCCCGUCUUCUGUGGUGAUUCCGUUCUACGCACAACACAUCGACAGUAUCACCAAAGGACUAGAGGCUCCAAAGACGAGUCUCAAGCCGAAGCCGUAUACGCAGCGCUACGAGCUACGUUCUAUCAACUUCCAACUGAUAGAGACGCUCUACGUCAACACAGCCACGCCCGUCUAUGUGAGUGCGUCGGAGAGCGCUAUAGUGGCCGCCUACUUUCAACACAACCAAGCCCAGAUGCCAAAAGAUGCUACUGCUUCUGGGAAGAAAUUGGCUGUGAUUAUCAAUAAGG